GAGGAGGACGGAGGAGAGAGAGGGAGAGAAAUCUAGAGCAAAAAAGAGAGUGGGGCUAGACGUUGUGGAUAAAGGCUGUACCACGAGCGUGAUGAUGAUGGAGUCGAAGCGGUGGAGAAUUGUGGAUUUACAAGAAAGGACUGCUCACAUUUGACAGAGGGGGCUUUUCACGAUUACGCCUCUUCUCAGGCUCCUGCAUCCUAUCCUCCUUUCUCCUCAUCUUCCUUUUAUUUUCCCUCCUUUAGCUUGUUUUGCACAUCCAGCGUAGCCAUUUAGGCGAGACAGAGGGGGAGUACCCCACGGAUGCAGGGGAAGGUAAAAAAAACAAAAACAAAAAAAACGGACGCAACAAGACCUCACAUGAAUCCAUCCAUCCACACCUCUUGGACGCUUUUAUGGAUAACAUGUAAACACUUAUUGGGUUGAUGGAGCACGGAAAGCAGCUUUAAAUGAAAAACAUCGAGCUGAAGACUGUGAAAUAAAGAAAAUCGCCCCUUUUUAUGGAUUUAAAAAAAAAUAAUAAUUCAUGGUGUAGCCCCUAGGAAAAUGAGCAAUGUUGAAACUCUUGUUGUGGUGAAAUAUUCAUUAGUACUAUAGGUAGGCUAUGAUUUUUGUAUUUUUCCCACGUAGCAUUUUUUCCCUUCAUGCAAGGCCUAUAUUAGAUAAAUAGGCACAUCCAGCUCUGCCAUUAAGUGGAUCUUGAAGAUUGUCUUUUUGUGUGGAUUUUAUUUCCUUUUUUUAGGGGGAGGGGGGGGUGGACGAGACAGAGGGUGUAGUGACAGGGAGAGAUUGUUUUCUUUCCUUUUUUAAAGAAAAGGAACAACCAUGUUGCCUUCCCAAGAAGCCUCCAAGAUCUACCACGGCAAUUACAACUACAAUUACAACCCGCGGGCCGUCGGGGUGCUGUGGGCCAUCUUCACCAUCUGCUUUGCCAUCGUCAACGUGGUGGUCUUCAUCCAACCCUACUGGAUCGGAGACAGCGUCAACACGCAGCAGGUGGGCUACUUCGGCCUCUUCCACUACUGCGUGGGCACCGGGCCGUCGCCCAGCCGGGAGCUCACCUGCGUGGGCAGCUUCUCCGACUUCAGUUCUAUCCCGUCCGGAGCCUUCAAGACGGCCUCGGUGUUCGUGCUGCUCUCCAUGGUGCUCAUCAUCGGCUGCAUCGCCUGCAUGGCACUCUUCUUCUUCUGCAACACCUCCACAGUGUACAAGACCUGCGCCUGGAUGCAGCUGCUGUGCGGAGUAUGCCUGGUCCUGGGCUGCAUGAUCUUCCCUGAUGGAUGGGACGCCGAAGUCAUCCGGGACAUGUGCGGGGAGCAUACGGGGAAGUACUCUCUGGGUGACUGCUCUGUCCGCUGGGCCUACAUGUUGGCCAUCAUGGGCAUCCUCAACGCCCUGGUCCUGUCCUUAAUGGCUUUCGUCCUGGGCAACCGGCAGAAUGAUUUCUACCUGGACGACCUGCAGACUGACAACAAAGAUUUUGCUGUGUCCAGGAUUGAGGUUCAGGAUAGAAGAGAGCCAAGGUAUGGAGUGCAACGUCUUCACUGAGGACAAUGAUCACACUGGACAUCUUCUCUUCUACUAUUCCUCUCUGUUUCUUUUUCCUCUUCUCUGUUUUUCUUCUUCUUCUUCUUCUUUCCAAUGAUCAGGAUAUCACCCAAUGUCAAUACAGACACCCAGUGUACACGAUUAUGUAAAAUAAAACAAAACAAAAAUUAACAACAACAAAAUCAUUGGGAUAAACUAUAUUUUGGAAAAAAGAAAAAAAACAGAUGUCUGUACAGUGGAGUGAACACUUGACUUCCUCAACAAAUAUAUUUAUGAUGUGGGGAAAAUAUAUUUAAAGUCUUGAUUUAUGUGAGAAGCUUUUCAGACGAAGAACCAUCUUGUCUGUAUAAGAUUUUUUUGGGACCAUCAUUUUGCAACUUCAUCAUCAUGUGUUUUUGUAUAAAUCUUCAUUAGCAAUGAAUGAGACUCCUUCUAUCGUAGACAGGUAACUGGCAACGAUCAAACGUCAACAACAACAACAGGUGGCUCUUCAUCUAAUGUGAUAGACAUUUCAAGGAGUACCCCAUAACAGCUUUACUAACAUCUCUGGGAGAUUCUCUGCUGUAUAUCCAUAACUAUGUAAAUAACAUAAUAAAGUGUUUUUUAAAACCUCAAUUUUUAAAACAGACUUUGCCAUCAAAAGUACAGUAUAAUUGGAGUUUCCGAAUUCAUAAUACAGUGAUAUGUUUAUUUUACGCCUCCAAGUCAGUAGGGAGACUAAAUGUGCUCAUUGGACUAGCACCUGUUGUAGUUCCAAGGAUCAUCGAUUAACGCCAAAUGCUGGUAGAGUCAGCGCAACAUAAACGUAACGCACCAUUUGUUAGUAAUGGCAGAACCAUAUUGUAGAUUUUAGGGUUCCACUUUUUUGAAUAGGUAUCAUGAUUAAGGCUUUAUAAAUGGUUCAUAAAAUAGUUAUUGAUUGCUAUAAGUCAUGAGCUAAAAUUGGGGACACCUUUAUUUAUCCUACUUGGCCAGUUAUCAAUGUUAGUAAAUACGAUGCCAAGACUUGACAAUACUCUUCACAAUAAGGCUCCAAUUUUGCUAGUUAUAACUAGAAGCAGGUCAGGAUUAUAAACUAACUAUGAAGCAUAGCAGCACUUUAAUCUUGCCAAAUAGAGAACCCACACUUGUUGCUGGAAGUAAUUUGUAACAGUUUGUUUAUGAUUUACAAAAAGUGUAUGAAUCCUUAUUUACACAUUUAUAAAAUCACCCAUAUUGUAAAGUAACUGCAGCUCCAUGAGAGGGGCACAACACUGGCAAAUAGCUGACUACAUCUAUAAUAACAAAUUUACUACCCAUUUAUAAAAACUUUAUAAUGUUACCCAUAUUGUAAAGGGCUUCUGAUUCUAGAAUCACAGAAGUCAUACGUACACAUGGUAGCGUUCACAAAUAUAGUUUUACGUAUUUUGAAAAUUGACUUCUUUAUGUUUUACUCACUGAAAUGUUUACAUUUUUACAAAUUUUCAUUUCUCAGCCGCCCUCACCUCACUGUACAAACGGUUAUUGAUCACUAAUGACAGCCUGUUCUCAACCAGAAUUAAGUGGGAUUUUGUGAGAGUUAAGCACAGCGAUUAGUAGAAACUUUACUAAUUUUAUUUGAAAUUGAAAAUAAAAACUUCAUUGUCAUUGCUUAAAAAUAUUUUGACAAUAUUGUGACAUUUUUGUAGCAAAAUGCAUCCAUACAUUCAUGAUUUUGUUUACUGCAACAGGUCAUAAUAUUUUAUUUCGUCAUUGGUGGGAUUUGUGCACGCUCAUGGUUGGACACUGGUUUCGCGUUAAAUAAAAUUACAAUAUGUUUUUGUUCAAUUUCCCACUGAAUGCCAGUGUGCAGAUAUUUCAGGAAAUCUGACCAAUAUGUGUUAAAUCAUCAAGUUGUUUUUACUUAUUUAUAUUUUCUUUUUCAAUGAUACAUGUCCAACACUCACAAAAGUGCUCUCAGACAACACCAUAACAGGAGUAAGAGAAAAUCUGAUCUCAGUAUCUUUUAGCAAUUUUGUUAUUAAGAUUUGUGCAUUAUGCAUGGCGACAAAGCCUGGAUUUACACCUUUAUCCGGAUCUAUAGUAGAAUUGAGUAAAAUAAUUGGUGCUGCUAUGCUCAUAAUAAUAAGGUACAAACAAACUGCAAUGAAGACAUAACUUCCUUGGUGAAGGUGAAGGUAUUUUUUAAAUUCAAAACAAAUGACACUAAUCAUAUAAGCUUUGCACUACAUACGUUGAUUGGUGCUGCAACAAACAAGUAGCUCCCAUUUUUGCUGCACCAGCAACAUGUGAAAGCCACAGGACAUUUCAAACGUGAUUGGCAGGUCAUAUCAUGUAUCGACUGUAGGCCGAUGUCAAACACAUUGGACCCUCAGAACUUCAAUUGUUGAACAAUUUCUCUCUUUCUUUCAAAAAUAAGGGUAGCUACAGUAUGUAUUAUGACCUUAUGAGACCCGUUGUUGGUCAUAAAAUGUACAUUCAAAACAACUAUAAAACACACACAUCUUAACCAAAAGUGAUGACAUCGGGAGUGAGGUUUACAUAACUUAUAAUAUGUAUGUAGAAUUAAUUAUGCUAACUAUCAAUGCCCAUUAAUCCCUUCAUCAAAAAUGAUUGUGAACCAAAAAAAAAAAAAAAAAAAAGUUUGAACAGCAUCCUGGUAACAACUGUGUUCAAGUUCUGAAGGUCCACUGUACUUAGAAGGGCAAACAUUUGUUUAAACCCUGAUUUUGGACUUGAUAUUAGUAGCGUAGCAUACAGCUGAGUGUUGACAAGUAAAGUUUCAGUUGGUAUUUUCUAACCUCUGUCAUCUGCAGGUUUGUCUGACAAGGUACGUUUACUCCGUAACCAGCGGUACAUGUUUACUGUAAACAGAUCAAGACGCCAAUUCCAAACGUCAGUCACGCUUAAGCCUACUCUGCAGGAACACCCUGUAUGCAUUCUUUGACCUUAUUUUAUACAGUCCAGCUACAGUCAUGAGUAGAUAGCUAGAUGUACUCCUAGAUGUGAGGUUAUUUUUGGAUGCUUGCUAGCUAACUCUCAGGAAGCUGUGUACACAGCACUGUAUUAAUGGCUCAUAAUGGGAACAAGUAUGUCUUGUAGACGCUGAUGUGGCUGCAUCCCUUGUUCAUUCCUUUUGACACAUUUGGACUGACUACUCUGGGUUUACAAGCUGGGCCAAGCAGGCACUAUGAAAAUAGCCCUUAUGCUGAAUCAAAUGAUGCUGUCACACUCACAAUUUUUGCCUCAUCAACCAUCGCAGUGCCAACCCUUGAUUUGAAACCACCAAUGAACUGUGUGCAAAUCAUUGUUAUGAUAUAUAAAGGCAGGUUGACGUAGAAAAUGUGAUUUUUAUUAUUAUUAUUUUUUUUUUUACAAUUAUUAGAGAACUAGUCGACUUGCUGAUACCCAAGUAUGGACAUUUUCCAUCGCUAUACCUUGCAUAAAGAAGGUGGCAAUGUGUCUUGAUAGGGAAUACAUCAGGAUUUUCCUACCCUCUUCUCAUUUGGGAAUACUUUUAAUGGUCCUGGACAUCUUUCACAAAACAAACAAACAAAAAAUCUUCUAAGGAAGUGAAAGAAAACUCCAUAGAGGCGUAUGUAGUCCUGUUUGGACUUCGAAGCGUCAUUGGCCACACAUUGGCCAGUCUGAGCGCCUUUUUUUUUUUUUCUUCCAAUCCUGAGGAGUUGACGCUGAAUGGAAAUAAACCUUAACAAGCAACUGACGCGAUCUUAACCCUGAUGAGCACAUCUUUCUACUACUCCAGGUGCCUCUAAGAACUCUUGAUCCAGAUGUGGUGCAGAACCAGCAAAACCAGUAUUGACACUGUAGGGUUGUUGUUUUUUUCUACUAAACGACUACGACACUCCAACUGAGCGCUCACGCAAUGUGAGCUGAGUCUGACUGCGAAUUUGAGCUCCAUUCAGUUUCGAGUUAAGCGAAUGAACUGAAUAACCAAGACUUCCCACCGGAUUAUUUACUUUGGUUUGGGGGCAAAUGUUUCUCUACUUUGAAAUAAACAACUUCAUCAUCUUAAAUUGCAAUUCAAAGCCACAAAGAACCGUCGGGAAAAAGCUAAGUAUUUUCUGAUUUUCAAAAGAUGUUUGCGGACCAUGGUGUAAAUGUAAUUUAAUUGUUCUGUCAUGCAAUACCAUGUAUAAAGACAUCUUGUUAGGGGGAGGGCUGGGGCAAUGAUGACUAAUGUCGAGUGAUUUUUGUUCUGAUUCUUGUUGACUUUUCUGUUCAAACUUGAAAUGUUGCCAAAAUAUCAUGUAUUACAUGAAGAAAAGACAAAAUAUUGUUCGCUUUUUUUAACGUUGGUUUGUUUUGUGUUACAAAAUAAUUAUAUGAGGAUAUUUGUCAGAACCUUUGUUUGAUUAAUGUGUUGCUCUAUACUUAGCUUUAUGUUAAAGUUGACUUUCGUUAUAUUUUCAUGUGGAUGGUUGUCGUUCUGUCACAUCAGUUCAUUAUCUCAAUUAAUUUUCACCAACUAAUGAAUGACUGCUUGUUGAAAUCUCAACACCACUAAAAUGCAUUUAUUAAAAAAAGAGAGAAAGAAAUCAAUUCAUGAAUUGACUAUAGUCGACAAGAGUCUGAAAUGAGUUUGUUGCUUUUCAUGGUUUAUGCUGACAUGAUGCUGAUUUUGAUUUCAAAGUUAUAUUGUCUAAUUAAUUCGUAUAUGUGAAUAGUACUGCAGCUCACUAUGACAAUUUCUGUUCCUCAAAAACAUUUUGAG